AUGAGUGAAUGCUUAAAUAAUUAUGGUUAUAUUGUGCUUAGUUUAAACAACAAAAUGUACUUAAAGCAUAGAAUUAUUGCAGAACAGUGGAUUGAAAAUCCAAACAAUUUGAAAGAAAUAGACCAUAUAAAUCAUGAUAGAACGGACAACAGAAUCUCAAACCUUCGUUGGUGUUCUAGAUCUGAAAACAAUAGAAAUAAAAGCAAGUAUGGCGAUAUAGUUUAUGAGUUCGUUGAUGAAAUAUCUGACGAAGCUGUUGAAAUAACAGAUUAUGGUAAGCAUUCGUUUGAGUUCUACUACUAUGUUGAGAAUGAGGACGCAUUCUAUUAUUAUACAGGUCUUAACUAUCGAAAACUUCAUAUAAACUUUACAAAAACAGGUGCUGCUUAUGUUUCUAUGAUAGAUACAGAAAACAAGAGUGUAAUUUUAUUCAUAAACAAAUUCAAACGCUUGUACGGCUUCAUGUAG